CUACCGUUGAAUGGGCACUUCCUGUUCGCAGGAGAGAAAGAAACAAACUCGUCACCCAACAAAACUUUUUCCCCCUACUCGCAAAUUUGGACGCAUUACAUUACCCGAUUCAUGGUGGAAAAGAACAUUAUUUUGAACAUAAAAUAGGAUACUUUCUUUAAGAAAAGCGGAGAACCGAGACGGUUAAUCCGUCUAACGUUGUUCAGUUGUUAUCGUGGAAAGAGGAGAAGGACCAAAAUGUGGAAUUUACUGGUUUUAUCAGCGGUACUUCUUCAGUAUAUUGGAUUCGCGACACCCCAACAGGCUCCCUAUUUGCCUGCAAACGCACCAACAUUCAAUCUUGGAUCACCAGAUACGAGAGGAACCAAGUUCAUGUUCGCAAUACCAAGCAACUUCAAUAUUCCUUCGAAGGUGACCCUUAUGAUCGGGUCUUCAAACCCUGGCAUAGCUCGUGUUAUGGUCAACAUACCUGGCUUCAAGUUCCGAAGAGAGAUCACCUUGACUCAAAGGCAGAUGAAGACAAUUAGUAUUCCCGGUAACGUAGCAGCUAACGGAGGUGGUCCUCAAAAUGGGACUAUUGUCGUCACGUCAAAUCUUGAGAUCACAGUCCACGCUGCGAACAUCAUGCCAAAGACCAACGACGGCUUUGUGGCGAUUCCCACCGAUGCCGUUGGAAAGGAAUACGUGAUCGCUUCGUACGACAUCGUUACUGGUCAGUGGUCAGUGUUUACGAUAACAGGGACCCAGCAGGGUACAAGGAUUCAGGUGGUUCCUUCACAAAGGAUUCUGCAUGCUCGGCAGUGGUACAAUGCGGGGCAAAUUAUCAACGUCCAGCUGAGCGAAGCCCAGUCGGUACAGUUUAGAUGUCCCGAUGAUCUGACUGGGACUUACAUCACUGCAGACAAACCUGUGGCUGUAGUUUCUGGGGCCACAUGUACCCGUGUUCCCAGGAGCAUGCAGAGGUGUGAUCAUUUGGUCGAGAUGUUGCCUCCGAUUUCGACCCUUGGUACCCGUUUCUCAGUGUUACCCCUUCUCAACAGGACUGGAUAUGUCUUCCGUAUGAUCGCAGCACGUCCUAAUACCAAAGUCCACCUCGCGGGAACUAUCUAUACCCUCGGUCAGAGGGGUUCCUUCAGGGAGUUCAACCAAGAUGCUCAGCUUCCAGUCACAAUCACAUCCAACCGUCCCCUUUUAGUGAUGCAAUAUGGAAAAGGAAUGGAUGUAAAUUUCUGGGGUGAUCCUUUCAUGAGCAUCGUGCCACCUGUAGAGCAGUAUAUGGAAGGAAUGACUACAUUUGGACCCUUGGCGCAGUCUGGACAAGACAUGUUUUUUAACUUUUUAUCAGUAUCCGUGACUUCUGCAGAUCUGUAUACAAUAAGUUUGAACAACGUUCUUAUCAUGAACACAGAAUUAAAUCUUCCCGAAAUGGAAGAGACAAUAAGGUAUACAGCAGAUCGAAACAUGAAGAUUCAGAAUGUUCCUCACACGUUACACAACCCAUCUGUAAUGUCACGUUUCACUGCUAUCUGUCAUGGUGUAUCUCAAGGCUCUGGGUAUGGAUACCCGAUCGGUUACAACCUCAGAACAUUGCUGUGUUCAAGAACAGACCCAAUGACAGGAUUAAUCGAGGAAUUCCAGUGUCCUCCACCCAUUCCUCCCAUCCAACCGGGUCUUAUACCCAGCACCGUACCGGGUAUGGGAGGUAACCAACCGAUCCGACCGGGGGUAGGAAUGAACCCCGGUAUGGGUGGCUUCGGUGUAGGAAUGGGCAUGUUCCCUGGAUUCUCGGCAGGGGGGCAACCGGGUGCCUUCCUACCAGGGAACUUCUUCACCGGGGGUAAAGCCCUUCCCCCCAACAUACCCAUCAUACCCGGGUUACCCAUCGACCCUAACGCCGGGGCGGCCCAGACUCAACCAGGUUUUAACAACAAUCCUCUGAAUCCCGUGAGUCCCAACAACCCAUUCGCCAACCCUGGACAACCGUUCGUUCCGAUGUUACCCUUCAACCCUAUGGGACCCGGAAUGAUUCCACCGCCUGAAAAUUGUUACACCUUAGGUCUUCUGAUCCUGGCAGCUGUUGCCCCGGUAACAGUAGUCUUCAUUGUGAUGUUGGUUAUACUCCUGGCUAUCGUCUACAGGUUCAAGAGGAAACACUGAUCUAUACCGCAGCCGACUAUAAUACUAAAAUGACAGAUGAAAAGCCACUAAUCUCAACAAAAUAUCAGAUGUCAUGGAAUUUUAUCACGGGACCAAAAUGUUUGAUUUAUCGAGAUUGUCAGGAAUAUUAUUUAAUUUUCCUUAAAUAUAGUAAGGAUUCAAUUUGAAUAAAUACAUAGAUAUUUUUGUGAUCAUGAUGAUGAUGAUGAAAUACCCAUUUUUUUUAAAUAAUAAAAUCUGCUUAUACAUCAGACAAAGUUCCUUAACACGUUUGUUGGUUUACCCUCUGUCUCGAGUUAGCUUGACUCAUGCCAUUGUUACUGAGUGCCUGGUGCUUUCUUCACCAACUGUUCUGCAGUAAAAAAGGGGGUGUUUUGCAAUGAAAGAAGAUAUAAAACUGUACGAAUAUAUAAUGAAUUUCAUGAUACAAUAUCAUUGAUCCUGAAUAAUUUAGAUGAAUCCUGGCAUUCCAUAUCAUUGUGGAAUAGGUCUGGACUUAGAACCGAGUUCAACCUGGAGUUUGGGUUCACAAGUAUACCACAAAACGAUGCUUCGGAAAUAUAGAACCCAUUCGUAUAUACUUGAAAUACGAUAAAAAACGAAUUUGCAUUAUUUCAGAACCGGGACAAGAGAUACGAGUUUGUACCAUGCUCGAUAUGGUUAUGGUUUGAAAAAAAAGGAAUUUAAUUGUAAAAAGUAAUAAUUUUCAGUGCAAAGAGAGUAUGCGCGUGCGUGUGAAAGUUUAAGAAUGUGAUUUAUUUUGUUGUUGCGAUGUUAUCAUUCUAUAGAUCUUUAUAUUAGGGUUUAAGUAAAUAAUUUAUUUUCAAAAUGGACAUUUACAUCUGAUAUGGAUACCCAAUCAUGUCAAAGAACUUGCCACACUCUAAGAAUUCGAAUGUUAAAUCAACAUUUGAAAGGUUGGAGGAGUGACAAAUUGGAGUUACAUCCAACUUUGUAUAAAGCUGAAUCCAACAUUUUAAGUGUUGGGUAGAACCAUUCAAAGUGGUAAAUGCAACAUUUAGAAAAUGGCAUUAAGAAAACGUUGUCACUCCUACAACCUUUUAAGUGUUUAGUUAACAUUUCUUUUUAGAGUGCACUUUAGGAAAUUAGAUGAUUUAUGUCGUCCUUUAGGACGGAUAUGUUAUUGCUAAAUCUCUUAUUUUGAAAAUGAUGUAAACUAUUCAGUGAAUUGUCAUUUUCUGAAUAGUUUACAUGAAAAUAUCAAUGUGUGAAACAUAUUUUAUGAAGCUUUGCCAUUUUAUUGAAUUAUAUUUGAACAAUGCUAACUGAAAGAUGCAUAUUUCUGUGUAUUUAGUAACCAUAAGUUAUUCUAGAAUAAUUAAUGAGAUUUGUUCAUCCAGUUUUUCUUUGACAGAAAAAAAUCUUUCUUGCAAAUAGUUUUGUAAAAAUACAAGUUUGUAAAUGUAUGUCUACUUUUGUGUGCAAUAUAUUAAAAAGAAAAAUGAAUGUUCUAUA